ACAAUUGGAUAGUUGUCAAUACAUAGUCUAUAAACUAAAGUAAUAUUAAGAUUAACUUGGCUGAACAGUGAGCAGUGAGCACUGAAAGCGAAGUGUGAAACUGCAUGUUUGAGACAGUCGGGCGUGUAUAGUUAUAGUCAUUCCAUACUCGUCAUUCGUGUACGACCGUAGUGUCGUACCCCCCUCAUUUAAGUUAGAUGCUCUAUUUUUAGAUUCUUUAUCUCUGUAGUCUGUGUACUUGGAUCAACGGUCCACAAAUAAGUAAUAACAUAACUGCCUAUAUUCUGAAGUAGUAAAGUGUUAAAUAUUAGCUUUGUGCCAUAUCAAGUAUACUUAAAAUGAGUCGUCCCGGAUGAAAAGUACAAAAAAUGGAAUAGUAACAUUGGUAGUGGUAAUAAAUUUGCUAGACGAGCUCGUUCAUUUAAAGAAGAUUUAUUGGAUAUUAUAUCAUCAGCAAUGCGAUCACCUAGUCAUAGCGCCAUCAGCUCUAGAAGUGGUUCGCCAAAAAAUGGUUUGCCAAAGCAAAGACAUGCUUCAUCUGGAAGUAGUCCUAAGCGGUCCCUUAAUGACAUCGACUUUAACGUUAGACAAGUUCAGAUAGCCUUAAGACAUUUCCUUGAUGUAGUAACAAAGAAUAAAUUAGAAAUGUUACCUGGAAAUGGUACAGUAGUUUUAGAAACUGUAACAACAAUUUGUGGGGUGUUUAAAUCAUAUGAUAUUAAUGAGCAAAGUUCAUUGGUUGUAUCUGCUUUAAAUCAAGUGUACCAAAGUGUAGCACAACUAAUUAAGCUAUGUGAUGAUGUUCUCAUAUUUGGAGAAAAAGCAAUCAAUACAGAUAAUGUAUCAGAUAUACUGCGCUUAGUUGAGCUGGCUAUUCAGAACUUGGUAUCAUUAACUAAUGAUAAACUUAACCAUGGUGUACUUAAAACUGUGUACAAAGAUGAGGAUUCAUUAAAACUUCCUGAUGAAUUGAAGCAAAGAGUUUCUUUACCAGAUAUACCAUUAACACCAAGGGAAAGAGAAAUAUUAGAACAAACAAGUAAUCAUUCCUUUGAUACAGUUGACUGUAAUCCUCCUUCAAAGCCACCUUUACCUGAUCGAACAUGGUUAAAAAAGACUGACCAAAAUAAUUCUCCUCCUCCUUUGCCACCAAAACGUCGUACUGGACAUAAUAACACCAAGCAUGCUCUAUGUAACUUAUCUUUAGAGCCAUUAAGCCUUUCGGAUAGGUCUUCAUCAAUUGGUUCACUAGAUUCAAUUUUAAAUGAUGAUGAAGUUAACAUUGCUAUGUCCAAUGAUGAUAGUUCUUUUUUAACUAAUGAUACCAAUCAUGUAUGUGGCUAUUGUAACUGUUCUUCCAGUUCUGCUUCAGUAGACCAAGGCAAUGAAAAACGAAUAUCUCCGUUUUCUGAAUAUCCACCUCAGCAUACAAUGGUAGAAAAGAAAACUGCAUUUAUUCAUCAGGCAUCUAAUCAAGUUUGGACACAUUCUAAAUCCACAACAAUACAUCAAAUCACUAAUAGAACUGUAGUAUCAAACGAAAUUAAUUGUUUAACAACAAAUGAUGAAAUUCCACCACCAGUGCCAGAAAAAAAACGAAUAGUCAGACAAAGGCUAAGGUCUACUUAUGACAAUUUAUCUAUGGAUGAAAUGGCCACACAAUAUAACUUCCAUAGAAAUAACAGUCAUUGUAGUAUCCAAGCCUUAACACAUACUGCAUCACUUGAUAACCCUGCAGUGGAUCCUUCAAAUCCACCACCUUUACCGUUAAAAAAGAAACAUAUGUUUCAUUCGGUGGCAUAUUCUGUAAUGGCAUACAUGGAAAUGUUUGGCAAUUGUACGCAUGGGAAUACUACGGAAUUUCUACGUCAUUCUGUUCAUACAUACACAAUGCUUCAUCAAAGUAAUUGGCAUUCACCUCAAAAGUAUCAGAGUGAAAUCCAAAGUUAUAGUGUUGAAAAUUCUUGUCAACAAUAUUAUUUUACCAAUGACUCUGACCCACCUGCAUUACCGCCUAAACGAGGUAAAAUAAUGACAUCUCCUUAUAGAGAACUGACACCACCUAAUACUCCAAAUAAAGUAUACAUAACCGAAGUUAUAUCAACUCCGAUUCAAACUCAAUGUUUAGAAAUUCAGGAUGUUACACCAAGUACUACUGAACAACCUUUACAAACUGAUAUUAGUGAAGUUAACAUUAUGGAAGAAUUAAAUGUAUCUCAAUGGCUAUUAUUUAAAAAACCAGAAGAAGACGGACCACUUGUUCGUGGUGGGCAUGCAGAUGCUCUUGUAGUUCAUGCAACAAAUGCAGUUAAAAAUGAUUUUAUGUAUCAAGAAGCGUUUUUAACAACAUAUAGAACAUUUAUAUCACCUUUAGAAUUAAUACAAAAACUUUGCAUGCGACAUCAAAGGUUUCAAAACUCUGGUGAUUUAAAUAGGCAAAGAGCUGGUCGAGAGUCAUUUUCUCUGUUAGUUAGAGUAGUUAGUGAUUUAACUUUAACAGACUUAGAUAAUGAAGUGUUGCAAAUUCUCAUGGAAUUUGUAUAUCAACUAUUAUGUGCUGGGGAUUUAACUAUGGCAAAAGCACUCAGAGUAAAACUUUUGGAAAGGUAUCAGGCAAAAUUGGUGCAUAAUACUUCAAUUAAUGCUCUAUUACCAUCUCAAAAUAUAUACACUCGUCAAGCCACUUUAUUAGACUAUAAAACAGAACUUAUUGCUGAACAAAUGACAAUGUUGGAUUCAGAACUAUUUAUGAAAAUUGAGAUACCUGAAGUUUUAAUUUGGGUUAAGGAACAAAAUGAAGAGCGUAGUCCAAAUCUCACAGAAUUUACAGAACAUUUUAACAAAAUGUCAUACUGGGCGAGAUCGCGUAUACUAGAACAAAAUGAAGCUAAAGAACGUGAACGUUAUGUUUUAAAGUUUAUCAAAAUUAUGAAAAGUUUGAGAAAGAUGAAUAAUUUUAAUUCAUAUUUAGCCCUUUUGUCUGCUUUAGAUAGUGCACCGAUUAGACGUCUAGAAUGGCAAAAAUAUAUUACCGAAGGAUUAAAAGAAUACUGUGCACUGAUUGAUAGUUCGUCAAGUUUUAGAGCUUAUAGACAAGCUUUAGCAGACACAAAUCCUCCUUGCAUCCCUUACAUAGGACUAGUAUUACAAGAUUUAACAUUUGUACACAUUGGCAACAAUGAUUAUAUAUCAGAUAAUAUAAUUAAUUUUUCCAAAAGAUGGCAACAGUUUAAUAUUGUGGAAAAUAUGAAGAGAUUUAAAAAAGGAUGCUAUAAUUUCAAGAAACAUGAUCAUAUCAUUGCAUUCUUUAACAAUUUUGAUGAGUUUUUAUGUGAAGAAGCCAUGUGGCAAAUCAGUGAAAGCAUUAAGCCUAGAGGAAGUAAAAAAACUACAUAGAAGUAUAUUUAAAAAUAUGAUUUUUAAUGUAUGUAGCAAUUUAUAUUCAAAGCAGUUUGUGGAAAAACUGUUGUUUUUCAAUGAUUUUUUGUGUUUUUCCAAAUGAAAACAUAAUCUUCUAGGGCAUAUAUAUCAGUGUUUCUCAACCGGUAUGUCACCGAGUAAGUCCAAACAUAUCGUGGGAAGUACUAAUAUUAAAUGACACAAAAUGUAUACUAUAUUUACAAAAAUUAAUAGGUAUUAUUUUUAUUUUUUUUUAUCGAGUGUCACAAAAUAUGAAAAAUGUUAAUAGUGUGUUGUCAUAAUACAAAGGUUAAGAAACACUAAUAUAGAUUAUUGAAUUCUCUAAUAAUUGAACGGUUAUAUAGAUAAAGGUGUCAAAUUAAAUGUUUUGAAAAAAAAUAUGAUGUUGUGUCAUGUUUGUUACAACGUAUGAUUAAAUUAAAGGUUAAAAAAGUUUUAAAAUGUCACUUGACACCUUCAUCCAUUCAACCAUUCAAUUGGAAAGUAAAGAAUACAUAAUGUACCUUAAAAAUUUAAUAUUUUUCUAAGUGUUUAGUAAUUGAUAAAUAAUUUGUCAUAAAAUAAUAUAUUUUAGUGCUCCAACUUAUUCAUACUAAAGUUCACUGUGUACAACAAUUAACGAAAAUUUCAAUAUAUACUAACUUUUCACACUUUUAACUUUCACUAAGAAUUCAUGAUUUACUUAUGUUGAUUUUUUCGAUUAAGUUUGAUACAUAAAUGUUAAUACUUUAAAUUUUAAUGCAAAGUUAACACAGUUUUAAAAAAAAAAAAUUAAUGAGCACUUCCAAUUUUAAAAAUAAUGUUAAUACUAAUUUAUCAAUGCACCACUUUGAAUUAUUAUGUUAUCAUAGCUCAUGAUUAAUCAUUGCUUUCAUAUUUGGAAAAAUAACAACCCACAACUUGCGUUAUAGUAAGUGAAAUGAAACAAGCUCUCGUACAUCCAAUCUGCUUUUAAAAUUACUAUAUUUUUGGUAAAUUUGGAAUAACUCAUUCAUUUGGGUAUCAAAUAUACUCGUAUUAUUAUUAAAAUUAGAUCAAAUUUUAAAGCUAACAAUUAACAAGGUCUUAAAUAAGAUAGAUUUUAGUAAAU